AUGAUACAAACUAAUGAAGGAAACAAUCAUACUAACUCUUCUAUUGCUAGACAAAGUAGGAGACUUAGAUUGAAGGAGAAGAGAGAUGCGCAACGCACUGACAAAACACAAGAAUCUACUUCCUCUCAAAUAACUAAUUGGGUAGCACCUGUACUACCUUUUAUAUCUACACAUAUAUCCAAUGAAUCAGGUGAUUCUCCUGUGUCUGUUUCAUACCAAAAGUUGGUAGAUAAAACUGACCUAAGUGAUGCAACAAAGAAAAGAAGGCUGAUAUUGCAAAAUAACAAAACAUCAUGUGGUCAUGCCAACAGUGCCCCAUCCCCAACUCCAGUCUCCCCAGUUUCUAUUCAAAAACUACAAGAUAAAUCUCAUUCAAUUGAUGCUCGCAAGAGAAGAAGGCUUAUAUUGGAGAAUAGGAAGAUUUAUGUCCUACAACCUGAAACACAAUAUUCCCAGGAACCACUGUCUAACUCAGAGGAUGAUUGCAGUUCCUCCAAUACUUCGGACUCUGAUGAUGACAUUGAACAACAAGCCUUACCAGAUUCAAAUUUACAAGAAUAUUCUGAUAUAGGAGAUCAAAUAUGGGAAUGUACAUAUUGUCAUGCUCAUAUGUGGCUUCAAGAACGUGCCAGUAAAAUCAAAAAGGGACAUGUUCCAACAUUCCAUCGCUGCUGUCGCGAUGGUAAAAUUGUUUUGCCUUUACUUGAGGAACCCCCACCACCCUUGAAGCAUCUGCUGUUUAAUAAAACAUCUCCCGACAGCAAAAAUUAUCGGAAUAAUAUUAGAACAUACAACUCAAUGUUUUCGUUUACUUCUCCUGGAAUGAAAUUUGACACAUCAUACUCAAAGACCGGAGGGCCACCAACUUUGAGACUACACGGUCAAACUUGUCAUCGAAUAGGUACUCUACUACCAGAAACUGGAGACCGUCCCUUAUAUGCUCAGCUAUAUAUUUAUGACACAGAUAAUGAAGUUUCUAAUAGAAUGAAGUGUUUCAGAGACAAUACUGAAAUUGACAAGAACAUUGUUCACAAGUUGAAGAUCAUGUUAGAUGAGUUCAAUAUUCAUGCUAAAUUUUUUAGAAUGGCGAGGGAUAUUCUGGACGAUAAUGCAUUCUUAGACUUAAAACUGAGGGUUAUAUGUGAUAGACCUGAGGAUGGACGCGUGUAUAACAGACCGACGGUUUCGGAAGUUGCUGCACUAGUUAUGGGAGACAUUGAUUCUGCUUGUAAUAGGGACAUUAUUAUUCAAGCACGCAACGGUGGUUUGCAACGUAUUGAUGAGUUACAUCCAUCAUAUUUGGCAUAUCAAUACCCUCUCAUAUUUGCGUAUGGUGAAGAUGGUUAUAGGAAAAACAUAUUACAUAGGUAUCGCCACAAAACUAAGGUUACUAGAAAAAAUCGUCAGAGCAUCAAGGAUUGGCUUUCAUACAGGUUGCAAGAACGUAAAUAUGAGGCAAAAACUUUGCUACACUCACGCCGUCUUUUUCAACAGUUCUUGGUAGAUGGUUAUUGUAUGAUGGAAUCUGAAAGACUAAAAUGGUUGCGAAAUAAUCAAUCAAAAUAA